GAGCGUCGAUCGAGUUGACAGUUCCAAACCAGUUCCCGAGCGUGCGCGCGACCAGGACGCGCGUCUCCUGGUCUCAACGUCUUCUCGUGGAUGUACAUUCCAAGGCGCAGAGGUGUGAGCCAUAUAUUCGAUAAAUCGAUCAUUGGCGCGAAGGACUCGAAGCCGAUUAAAAUCGCAACGAUUACGCCCUCUCGAGGAAUCGCCGCGCAGCUGGAUUCUCUGGCGAGAUGCGCCGCUGAUUUUUCGUCGACUCGCUGCAUCAGGAAAUUAUUGGGACUGUGAGCAGAAGUCAGGAUGUCGGAAUACUGCGAGUACAUGUGGAAUCCAACGCGCGGCCACGCGGACCUCGCCCUUGCUCGAAGUAUUUACGAGGAUGGUGCCAGACUGGAUGUUCGGGAUAAGAAACUUGCUAUAAAGACAGUCAGGGCUAUUCUCCGUGACAUGCCAGGCGUUAACCUUAAGGAUUGCACCGAUGAAUACAUUACGCGCUUCCUGCUGGCCCGGAAGUAUCGCACGGAACAGGCAGCUGUUUUGAUAGCAGCGUAUCAGGCACAAGUUGCACAUCGUCAGGAUAUUUUUGGAAAUUUGACAGCUCGCGAUCCAGCUAUUCAACGUGCUCUUCGAGCUGGGAUUCCUGGCGUUCUUCCUGCACGCGAUAGGAAGGGUCGAUGCGUACUUGUCGUUUUGGCAUCCCAAUGGGAUCCAAUCGCCGUUCCAGCUCUCUCCGUGCAACGAGCUAUUUUUCUAGUACUCGAAAUUCUUAUUCAAGAUCCUCGAAACCAGCAAUCUGGUUUCGUUGCCGUGGUUGAUUGGGGUGGAUUUUCACUGCGACAAGGUGGAGCCUUAGGAGCUGCGGCUUUGCGAAAUCUGAUAGCUGCUCUUCGUGGACGAUUUCCAGCUAGAUUUAAAGCUAUUCACUUUUUGUCUGCUCCUCUUUACGUCCAAGCUACAUUGGCUCUAGUUAAGCCUUUUCUCGAUGAAAAAACUCGGAAUAAAAUAUACCUUCACGGUAACAAUCUGAGUACGCUACACCAACAUCUGCCAACUGAUAUUCUCCCAGCGGAACUUGGUGGAACAGGACCGGCCUUUAAUCCUGGACUUUGGGCAGAACCAGUUAUUCAUUCUGCGAUGAAAGAGGCGGAAUUGGCGGCCAUAAAAAGGGAGCAGGAACGUGUGAACGUAUCGUUGAAAGAAUGCAAUGCACUGAAUAACUUCAAUUCAACAGAUAAAAAUGGUAGCAGGGUAAGUUGCGAAAAUCUGGCUAACGGGAAGGAUUUAAAAAGAACAACAAAUAGGACCAGUUUUUGCAAUGAAUUAUAUGGCAACGAUCGCGUGCAACCGAGCACGUGCGAUUUAUCGUCAGAUUUAAAAAAUGCAAUGAAAAUUGACGAAGGAUUCGAAUGGAAAAUGUUCGAUCAAGGACGAUUAGUAGAACUUAAAGACAUGAGUUCAAGAAAAACUACCGAAGGAACUAUUAAAAAGCCAAAUUCUCAUGAAAGUGAAGAGUCAAGUAGCAAGGACCAAACAGCGAAUUCGGUUGAUAAUAAGGAUGACUACAACAUGCAGUUUCGGGAAUAUAAAGAUGCAGAGGAAAGCGGUGAAAUAUUAAAUAACAUGAACAGUUUUACACGAAACAUGGAUCUCGAAGACACUGGAUCACAAUCCGAAACUAAUUCGAACGAGUUCGAGAUGAUAUCGAGUCAUCCAGAUAGCGAGGAUACUAAAGAUAACUCGUUGGAGAUGAAGGCUGAAAAAGCAGUUGUGAGGUCAGGAAGAGCUGGCGGUAUACUUCCCGAAGAAGCCAGUUUAAUUAUAAAGGGCCCCGGUGGAAUUCAGUGUAUUAAUGUUCCAGACUGAGAGAGUAACUGUUUGAAAUUUCAAACAAAACCUAACUUCAAAGAAAAGUGCACUGAAGAAUCUAUCAUGGACCUUUAAUGGAUUCGUUGUGCAGAAGUAAAUGAGCUGAAAGGACCAGUUACUUAUUCUAUGCCUCCGAAAAUUGUAAUAAUCCGCAAAAGAACUGCAAAAUAACUUGAAUAAUAUUUUAUUGUAAGGAAGUUCGAAUAUCCACUCAACUGAACAAAAUGAGUUGAUUUUUUUUAUUAGAUAUUAGAAUGGAAGAACGGCACCAACGGAAUUGAAUUAUUGAGCUCUGUAGUAAUUUUGUAAAACUGAUGUGCCUUUUAAUCUAAGACAUUUCUUUUUAUAAAUUUUACAAAAAUUUGUUUCAUGACGAAUUGCGCUUAAAGGGGUUAUUCUUCUGCGGUGGACUUGAAAAGUUUGUUCUUUAUGAUUUCAAUACAAAGAAAGCACUAAUGUUACGUUCUUCAUUUCGAAAUUUCUGUCAGCACAGGUUCGAAGAAUUAUAAAUAAAUUAUUUUACUUGAAAAUAUCCAUACUUAUGGAAAUUAUAAAGCCAUAUACAUCCAGCGUAUACACAGGUAGAUGGUGGACACACGACAAGUCUUAUUUGAUGAAUUGAGGCAGAAAUAAACUAUUUUUUCAUUUAUUCGAGACUAGUUUUUGUAAUGUGACUGAGAUUUUCGUCAAAAUUUAUCUUAAACUAUUAAACAUUAUUCUUUCUGGUUCUUUUCCAAAUUUCUUUGGACAAAACUAUAUUAUAGUUUAUAUUUUUUAAACCAACAAUACUAGUAAUAAAAUCGUGGUACAUAUACAAACUGCUGUAUCUCUGAACGUAUGUUCUGAAUUUUACGUCAGUUUGUCAACUGCAGUCUUGUAAAAAACUAGUGUUUGGAAAAACAAUAUACACAAUGUUACAGAGAGUGAUACGUAAAAGUUCGAUUACAAAAGCCGAACUUGUUAAAAAUAACAGAAUGGACACGUUUCUUCGUAUAUUGCAAACAGUAUAAGUUUGAAAGCAUUUUAGGUACACAUAUAUGCUUUUAAAAUGCUUUUAGCCAUAUGAUACUUCCUGUGCAUACAUUCUAAAGAUCUAAACUAUCUUUAAAGCAAACCGAUUUUUUCUUUUACAAUUGAGUAACCCCUUAAACAAAUACGUGCAAGCGGCAGUGUGGUGUUGUUUUGAAGUGAUAUAACGUUUAAUUUAUGGGCAGACUUUUCAUUUCCAGUAAUCUCGCUGAUAUUCUCAAUAAUCUUUUCUUUUCAUUUCCAAUAAUCUCGCUGAUGUUAAGGUUUUUGCAGGACAGGUGUUACAAAGUUUUUUGUAUUAUAAGUUCUAGUUCUAGAAGCACGAGCUAAUUUAUUAAAUAAACAUAAUGUCGGGAAGAAUAAGUUUUUAAAAUAUACCUCUACAUUUUUUUAAAUUUUAUACAAAAAAUUGUAUACCGUUUGAACUGAAAAUAUAUUUUGCACUACGAACGUAAAAUGCAUUCUAUACUUAUUUAUGCAUUUCAAUACUGAUAUUUCUUAAGCAAUGUUAUAUAACUGACAUACUAGUCGCUAAACCGAAAAUCAGGAAACCGCGCA